AAAAUUUGCCCGCCCACAUAGAUAUUUUAUACUAAUUUGCAUUCAAGUAAGGCUCAGGAGGAUCGUCUCUCGAUGAAGUUGAUGCGAGGCUUGAUACGCUGCCGGGAUAAGACUAGCAUCGCACUUCAGUAGUAGAGGUUGAAGGAUCCAAUUGCACUGCAGAACAAGGCAUCGGACGAUUCCUUAGCCGUAACGAAGAAUAAAAAUCUCUUGUUUUCGUGAGUGGCGAAAAAUUGCUUGUGCUAAAGGUUAGGCUUUACACGCACUAGCUGGGGAGGUCGAUAAACACGGGCAACGGAGCUCGAGACUGAGAAUUGCAGGGUAGUACUUCAGACCGUGUCGAGAGUUUCUUGCCCACUGAGUCAUACACACCUUGACAUGUUGAAAGAGCGCGACAUGAAUCAUAACACAAAUACGCAGCGAACAGCAAACUCUGAUGGUGCUCCAGUGAAAAUGGGUCGCGUUGUAAAUUUCAUUGAUGUCGAUGAUCUGGACAGCGACGAAACCGGAAAUUACGGCCCAAUGCCACCUGCUGUAGGCAUGUCAAAGAGCAAAGUAUCUCGUGUUAAUGCGCCUCGAGCUCAAUCGCAUGCAUCGGCGGCGAACAGUGCCAGGACUAUCAAGCAAGAUAGUAAGCAAAACUCGCUGUCCAAGACUAUGAAUGCGAAACCCUGUGCCAGCGCUGCGAGUCUCAAUGCGAACAGUUCUGUCAGCAAUAAGAAGAGCUCUUCACCUGGUCCUGUAGUUCCGGCGAUUGGCUCUACAACAAUGCAAAAAAGAGUGAUAAGUAACAUAGAAGGCAUACCGAAAAAAGCGUUGGCAGGCCCAAAUGCACAACUUGAUAGCCCCCCACCCGCUACAAUACCGCUUACCGAGACACAGUUCGACCCAAAAUCGUCGGAUAAGGCCAUAAAUUAUUUGAAAAGGCCGCGUCGAAAAUCAUCUGGAGCCGGCAACACAGUGGUCUCUACAGAAGAACAACUAGGCGGUAACAGUACUAGCGAGGACAGAAAAACCGUCUUACACGCGGUCGAAAGUGGGACACAAUCCCAAGUCCAGAAACGAUCACAAAUUUCGCCUAGUAAUUAUGCUCCGUCACAGGCACAAAUAUCGUCCUUGGUCGGCACAGCUAAGGGUAGCCUUAACAUUAGAGUGGGCCCCGAUGGAGUUGUUAAUAUGAGUACGGACGAUGAAGAUAACUCGCCCCCACCGAAGGCAGUGAAGCUGUCGCCGCCUCCGGCAAGAGAAAAGCCACAGUCACAGCACAGCAUACAGAGACCGAAUCGAAAUAGGGUCAAGAGGAAAAUAGAGAAUGUGGCGCACACAGAGACUGUGCCGCGGAAAAGCACACAUGUUAAUUCGGACGAUAGGCCCAUGGCGAUGAAUACGAACACGAACACGAACACUAACACUAACGCGACUACAUACACGAACGCGACGAAGUUGGAUACGAGCACAGGCACGAUAAAGACAGCGAAUACAAAGCCGAGCACCACCUCCAGGAAGACCACGGACGGUAAAUCUGCUACGACUAGGCGGAGAGUCGUACCGUAUUUACUUGAGUCCGGUUCCGAUACACUCAGCAAAAGGUACGGAAAUGCGUGGCAAGGGCUCUUGGGCCAAAUUUUGUUGUGAGCGAUCAUCGGGGCCUACUGCACAUUAUAUAAUCCUCAAUGUCCCUAUUAUUCCAUUUGGCAUACAACCCAUGCACGUUCAAUU